GCCGCCUUGGGCUCCAGGAGAAGGCGCUGCGAUGACCGCCCUGAGCCGUAGUGAGCCUGUCGAGGCGGGCAGCAACCAACAAAUGCAUGGGAAGACAGCGUCUCUGAAGAGCUCUGCGCCCUGCACAGAGAAACCAGAAAAGGUCCAGGAGCCCCCAGGUGACAGCCUACACUGGUCAGAAGGCUUGAAGGGUGAAGAGAUAAAGAAGUAUGGCCGGGAAGGGACACCACUGAGCAAAUACAACCAGCAGUACCACAAGCUGUUUAAAGACGUCCCCUUGGAGGAGAUGGUCCUCAAAGUGUGUUCCUGUGCCCUCCAGAGAGACCUCCUUCUCCAUGGCCGGCUCUAUAUCUCUCCUAACUGGCUCUGCUUCCAUGCCAGCCUCUUUGGCAAGGAUGUCAAGGUGGUCAUUCCUGUGGUAUCUGUGCAAUUGAUCAAAAAACACAAGAUGGCGCGACUCCUUCCCAAUGGACUGGCCAUCACCACCAACACCAGCCAGAAGUACAUCUUUGUGUCUCUGCUCUCCCGGGACAGCGUAUAUGACGUGCUGAGGAGGGUCUGCACCCACCUGCAGCCUUCCAGCAAGAAGAGUCUGAGUGUGAGGAAGUGCCCCGAGGAGGCUGAGUGCGAGUCUCCGGAAGUCCUUAUCCCUGAGAUGAAGUGGAGAAAAGUGUGCCCAGCCUCCACUUCCCUGUCACUCCCCGACAACAUCUCUUGUGUCUCUCGGAUACCUACAGACUCCACAGAUAGCUGCUUCCCCUCCAGAAAGCCUCCAGGGUCUGAGGCCGUCUGUGAGGAAGAUACGUUGGAGGAAGAGCCCACCAUGGACCAAGAAUUGAGGCUGUGGGAUUCUCGGCUUCUUAAAGUCAUCUUUGUGAUGAUCUGCUUCUUAGUGAUGUCCUCAUCCUAUCUGGCAUUCCGCAUCUCCCGGCUGGAGCAGCAGUUAUGUUCCUUGAACUGGGGCAGGCCACUCCCAGGGCACAGGUAACAGUAGCUUGGUCUUCAUCCCCACACCUUGUCCAAGGAUGCUCUGGGUGCUGUCUCUACCAACGAUUCCAUACUGCAGCUGUGCUGAGAACGAGUAUGAAGGACAAUAUUCUAGAUCUUUCCUCCAGCCCCUCCCCCCAACACUUCUUCUCCCAGUGAGUGAUCUGAAGUACCUGUUUACAGAUUAACUGGCUUCUACAGUUUUUGGACUCAAACAAAAUGUUAGAUCUUUUGUUUUUUUAAUCAGUUGAGGAGUUCUGUACACUAAGCCUCAGCAACCACUUAAAUGAUAGAAAACAUAUUAACUUGUUUUUUUGAGAGCAGUGGUUUUGGCACACUGACAGAGCCCUGGGGGCCUCCUCCAGGGACAAAGGGCAUGCUUUGAUACCUGGAUUGCUGCUUGCUGUCACAUGACACACUCCAGUGAGUGUAGGGGGAUGUGGGGGUUCGGGGUGUGACAGAGGCACAGCCUGUCUCUGUGAGCUCUGCUGCUUCCCCACACCCUGUGAUCUCACGUGGGCCUCUCAGAAUCUUUGCUUUGGAGCCCUCAGGACUUCUCUGCAUGGAGCCAGGCACUUUCUCACCUGUGAGAAAGUUGGACUGUAGAGAACAGAGCUCAAGGCAGGGGAUUAGCAAGAGACCAAACUUAGUGCUCUUAGCUGAGCUGGGGCUCUGGGCUGGCCAUGAACUUGGAAAGAGGCUUUCUGCAGGAGAGGAUUGGGGUGGGGCUGAGAUUGGAGGUCCCAGAAUCCCCAUUCUGCAACAGCCCUCACUUUGGUAUGACAGGUGGAACAGAGACUUUGGUAUUUGGUACUAGGUCUAUUCCCAGUGGUCACAGACAUUUCCAAGGUCCUGGAUAUAAGCAACGGAACAGUGAGGAAUUUGAGGUCCAGCUGCUGGCCUACUUCCUGCAUGGCCAACUGCAUUUCUAGGGCAGCUUGGCUGGAUGGUGGGAUCUGACAGUGUUGGGCCACAUCUUGGCAGAGCUCACGUAUGUUACCUGUAGUU